AUGCCAGCGCACAGCAAAGGCUGUCUAACAUGUCGACGGCGUAAAGUCAAAUGUGAUGAGACACGGCCAACAUGCACAAGAUGUCAGAAGAUUGGUCGUGAAUGUGGAGGCUACAGCGGCGCCGCAGAGCCAGCACCUAACAGCCCGGUGCAAAUCGACAGCAAUCUUGCGGCACGCUCUCGCAGCGGAUGCACGACAUGCAAGCAGCGCAAGCUCAAGUGUGACGAGACCUGGCCCUGUUGCAGGCGUUGUCUCAAGGCGGCACGCAUCUGCCGAUGGGCAACAGGCGAUCCCAGAAACCUCUCUUCUGGAGGAGUGGAUAUGGACAGGAUCACGUUCUACCGAUCUACAUCCUCCAGCGAGAGUAAGCCAUCCAGAUCACCGUCGCCUCACCCGGACGUGACGUGGGAUGAGAAGCGCGCCAUAUCGUUCUUCCACCAGCGCACGGCCUUCCACAUUUCAGGCUGCAACAACAGCGCCGAUCGAUGGUUUGGCUACUUGCUCGCCGUCGGCGAGACUGAGCCUGCUAUCAAACAUGGUGUGAUUGCUCUGGGUGCGUUGCACGAGGAGUUUGAGGCGCUCUCGCUCAUUCAGGACCGCAGCCGCCACAGCAACUACACUCCUCUACAAACCCUCCCCGAGACCCACUUGGCUGUGCAGCAAUACUCCAAGGCCAUCAAUCUUCUCGCAGUCGCCCCGUCAUGGAGCAACCGCGACAUACCCCUCCUCGCCACCCUGCUAUUCGCAGCCUUCGACUCUCUACGCGGACGGCCCGAACCGGCUCUCUUCCACCGCUGCUCCGGUCUACGCAUCCUCGGCGAGAGUUCCUUCAGCCCCAGCUCUCCGCUCAUGGAGCUCCUGUUGUGCGUCUUCCUACAUUUCGACACCGAGAACCUCGAACUCGGCGAGCCCCACUUCACCGACCUCGACAGCUUGCCCACCUCCAUGGCCUUUACCUUCCCUCACGUCACGCGCCCAUUGUCCGGAUUCAGCCGCCUCAAACAGGCCUGCGAGAUGUUCGAGGUGCUCUAUAAUCGCCUUCUCCGUGCCGCCAAGCAGCCGUUGCGCGUUCGCGGCCCACGCUUCAACGGCGCCGGCCCUUGCCCACAGUUCCCCGACAUCAUCACUCGCUACGGCGAAUGGUGCUACGCGCUGGACGAGUACCUGCGCUCCGCAGCGCUGGGCAUGCAGAACAUCGACCAAGACGGCGUCAGCGACCUGGUCAUCGUGCAGAUCCGCCGCGUCAUGCUGCGUAUCAUCCUGCACGUUGACAUCCGCUACGACGAGAUGGACUUUGACCGCUUCGCCCCGGAGUUCGCCUGCAUAGUGGCCCUGGCCGAGUGCUUCCUGAACGGCUGCUCGCGCGGCGCCUUGCACCUGGAAGAAUUCGAAGACCUCUACCCGACACCCCCUACCACCACCACCUCCCCUUCAAGCACAGACACCACUACCAGCGGCAGCAGUAGCAGCAUCGACAAAGGCACCUACACCCCUCCGCAAUACCCACGCGCCCAUCCACAUCCACAUCCCCAACCCAAUCCCCCCCCACCCCUCCCACCAUUCAGCGGCCCCCGCCGCCACCUCCUCGGCAUCAUCGCCUCACACACGCCCCUGAUCCCCCGCAGCAUCGGCGCCCUCGACACCUCCAUCGUGGCCUCGACCCUCUCCAUAAUCUCACGCCUCCCCCUCACCCCUUUUCCCUGUCCCAUGGCCGCCAGCCACCCCAGCUCCUCCCCUCCCGCCUUUACCCCACUCCCCAAUACAGCCCCGCACACCGCCUCACGCCGCCUGUACGCAAAAUCCGCCUUCAGUCUCGCUCCCGGCGUGAUCGCGCCGCUGUGGGUCGUGGCCGCGCACUGCCGCGACCCGAAGCUACGGCGGCGGGCGCUGGACUUACUGGGCAGGACGCAUCGCAAGGAGGGGCAGUGGGACAGUCUGGUGUGUGCGGCGAAUGGGCGGGCGGUGAUGGAGGCGGAGGAGGAGAGGGCGGUGGGGUUGGCGAGGAAGAGACAAAGGAGGAGGGCGUUGAAACAGUAUGGCGGCGGCGCUCCGGGGCGGCGAGAAGAGGAGGGGUGUUGGGACGCCGAAAUGCUGGAGAGGGGGGAAGUGCGGUAUGCGUGGCAGGUGCCGGAUGCGGCGCGGGUGAGGGAGGUGGAGGCGGUGAUGCUGGAGGGGACGAGCGGGGAGGGGAAGGGGAAGGCGCUGAAGGAGCGGAAGUGGUACCAGUGGGUGGCUGUGGGGCAGGAUUGGAGUGUUGAGGUUCCAGGCUGCACGAUGCAGUGA